CUCGUUCGGAGUACCAUUGCAGUGUUCGAUGUGACUAGACCAUGCGACGGGGGCCAAAAAUCGCUCGGUUAGAAACUCACCUCCCAAGGUCCUCAGGACGACGGCAGUCCCGAACGUAUCUCGCUCAUCCAAGCGAUUUAUAAAAUGGACACGAAAAUCCUUUCCCUGGUGGCCUUUCUUUCUCAAUCCAUGUUUAUUAUUUCCUUGCCAAUAAUUUCUGGCUUACACCUACUCCUGGCUAUCGCCCUCUUUCCUAUAUCAAAUUGGGGCUUCAAUCCGAUACCAGCACAAGGAGGCACAUCACAACCAAGAUGGCCGACUUUGACCCUCACAAUGUCGACCUCGACAGCGUCGACCCCACUCAAAUUGUCUGCUACCUCAACAGUGAAGGCAACGAAUACGACGGCCGUCUAGGCGCGCGCAUCUCGGCCAUCUUCGUCAUCCUAAUCGUCUCCUCGGCCGCAACAUUCUUCCCCGUCAUCGCUAAACGAGCCCCCCGCCUCCGCAUCCCACUUUACAUCUACCUCUUCGCCAAAUACUUUGGCGCAGGCGUCAUUAUCGCCACAGCAUUCAUCCACCUGCUCGACCCAGCUUACGACGAAAUUGGCCCUGCCUCCUGCGUAGGCAUGACAGGCCACUGGGCCGAUUACUCCUGGUGCCCCGCCAUCGUACUGACCUCGCUAAUGAUGGUAUUCCUCCUCGACUUCGGCGCCGAGCGCUACGUCGAGAAGAAAUACGGUCUGUGCCGCGAUGACCCGGAACCGAUCAUGGCUUCUGGCGUGGGAGCUAACCAGCUCGGUCUGCGGCGAUCAAACUCAAACUCGCACUCGACUUCUGUGUCCGCGCUGGACUCGAAGGAUAAGCAGACCAAGGAGGUUGAAGCACAGUCUCUGGACGAGGGCCAACUGGAGCGGUCUUUCCGUCAACAAAUCGCCGCCUUCCUGAUCCUUGAAUUCGGUGUGAUCUUCCACUCCGUCAUCAUCGGGUUGAAUCUCGGCGUUGCCGGUGACGAAUUCGCGACCCUGUACCCUGUCCUCGUCUUCCACCAGUCCUUCGAGGGUCUGGGUAUCGGCGCGCGAAUGAGUUCCAUCCCCUUCAGAAAGGGGAGUUGGUUACCCUGGGCACUUUGCACGGCGUACGGUCUGACCACCCCAAUCUCUAUUGCGAUUGGCCUUGGUGUGCGGACGACGUACAACCCGGGCUCGUUUACGGCGAACGUGGUGUCGGGUGUCUUGGAUGCCGUUUCGGCGGGUAUUUUGAUCUAUACCGGUCUUGUGGAGUUGCUUGCGAGGGAUUUCUUGUUUGAUCCCCAUCGCACUAGGGAUGAUAAGAGGUUGACCUUUAUGAUUGUCUCCUUGUUGCUUGGGGCGGGCAUUAUGGCACUGCUUGGGAAGUGGGCGUGAGCUUGCCGGGUGAAUUCUUAUUCUGUUGGAAUGAGAGGAGAGAUGCUAAAAGAGGUCGUGGGGUGGUUGAGGAUUUGAGAUGCUGAGCGGUGGAUGUGGUGUGCAUCGCUGUUGCUGUCGCGUCCGUUGUCUUGUAUGACCAUGCUACGAUACCCGAUUUCUGAUUCUUGAUACCUGUAAAUUCGAUAGACUGGAUUUUUUUUGCUUUUGCGAUUUGGUUUCGGACGUGGAUUUGCGAAUUACAUCAUGUCUUCGCUUUUGUGUGUGGAUUUAGGGUUGGAGGACAUAACAUCUAGGAAAGGAGAAUUCUCUUCCCAUCGUUGCAUUUAUCAACCUUGUGAGCCAAUGUUGCUACGUCUUGCUAUCUCAAAUCUUGCGGUUCAUGUUUUUUUUAACAAUUCCGUUCGUAUUCUUCGCAUCUGGAAGAGCCAAGUUCUCUACAUUAUAUGGAGGCAGUGGUUUAUAGAAAAGACACCCGACCACGUAGAACGGAACCUUGC